UACUCUCAAUUAGGUUUUCUUUGAAUCGUAUCAAGAUGGUGUUAUCAACGAGCGAUACGAGUAGCUCUUACAACUAUGUUAUCGAUGACGUUAUCAACAAGUCUCGAUGCGAUCUUGUCUACAAUGGAGAACUUGAUGAGAGUGUUCUUAGCCAAAUUCAAUCGAUGUGGAAAACGAAGAUGAUACAAGCAGGAGCCAUGAGCGGAACAAUCGAAACAUCUUCUGCUUCGAUUCCCACCACACCUGUGAUAGUGCAGACGACUCUUCAGACUCCGGAUGCAAUUCCUUUACCUGAGAAGAAGAUGUCUCCAAAGAAAGAGAGUGAUGGAUUUUAUUAUAUUCCUCAGCAAGAUGGAGCGAGAGAUGAAGCUAUUGUCGAUGUAGAUGAGAAUGAAGAGCCUUUGAACGAGGAUGAUGAUGAUGAGGAAGAUGAUAUCGAUGAUGAUGAUAUGAACAUUCAACAUUUGGUCAUGUGUCAAUUUGAUAAGGUGAAGCGUUCCAAGAACAAGUGGGAGUGCAAAUUCAAUGCGGGUGUUAUGCAAAUAAACGGCAAAAAUGUUCUUUUCUCACAGGCAACAGGAGAUUUCAACUUCUAGAAGAUGCACUGAAGAUUUAACCUCUUCAGAAAUUGCAGAACGUAUUUUGGAUUUGUUCCAACAAUAAUACUUCUUUUGUAAGGGAUUUAUUGAAUGGAAAUU